AUGUUCGAAUCAAUUGAUGAUACAAAUACAUCAUUAUCAUGUAUGUCGAACAAAAAUCAUCUUGAAACAAUUGUGCCAGAAACUGUAAGUUAUAUAUCAACAUAUGUAAAUAAUUUUGGAAUAUUAUUGCAGUUAGCUGAUAUUUCUGCAACUAAAAGAGGGAAACGACAAAAUUCAUAUUCAUCUUUGUCAAGUUGUUCGUUAAACAAUACUUCAAAACAUGAUGGUCACAAAUUGGUUGAACUCCAGUUCACAUCACAACUCAAUUCAAUUUCACUCAAAACACAUGAAGAAAUUGAACCAAAAAUGCUCGAACAUUAA